UCAUUUAUUCAUUAUUAUUAUUUGUAAGUCUACUUUGUCAUGUCGGGUUAUUUGUUGUAAAUCAUAUCAAAUAAUUUAAACACAGGAUGUAACAAUACAAUUUCAUUGUCCACAAAGAGUGCAAAGUAGUCCAAGGUAAUACUAAAAACUAAAAUUAAAUACAUGAAAGUUAGGAUACACAAAAUUAUCAAUAGUUAUCAAUAAAACAAAGACAUGGGGACAAAAAUGAACGUGUACAUUAAACAUAAUUAAUAUCUUUCAGUCUAAUUCUAAUUGAACAAUUUAAACAACACUUAAAACCAUAAAUGAGGAUUUGUCGAAUAGUUUUACUUCAUCCCGACUCUUACUGGCUGUCCCCAGUACUGUUGUAUUUUUGCUAAGCAAAUAAAAGUGACAUAAUUAUUAGGAUUUAUUUUUAAAAAAAGGUCUUAUCUGUUAUGACGUUUCACCAAACAGAAGCUUUUUUACUGCAGCAGCACAGAGUAAAGGUACAAAAGUGUAUUUAAAGAACCAAAAGUACAGCUCAUUAUGCAGAAUAAGAUAAAUUAUAAUCAUAUCUUAUAUUUUCUAAACCUAUAGUUAUACCCUGCACUUUAUUUGUUGGUCAUAUUUUGUAUUAUUAAUCUCAAUCUGCACAGUAAAUGCUAACUAAAGUGAUUAAAUAAAUAAAGUGGAGUAAAAAGUGGAAUAUUUGAAAACUGAAAUACUCACAGUUCUUGAGUAAAUGUACUUAGUUACUUUACUUUACACUGCUGCCAAAUAUGCGAACGUUGUGGGAAUGUUCUGGAGUUGAUGCUGAAUAAACGUUUUCAUUUGAACCAUUUAACAACAAUCGUUAAUAAACUGUAUAAUAAAUAUAGUUCAACUUGUUCAUGUUUAAUAUUGUUUUGUCUUGUGUCUAUUAAAUGACAUAUAGUAAUAAUAAACUUUAUUUAUGCAGCAUUCAAAACAGGAUCAAACUUUUCAGGAUGGACGAUUCAAAUAAUUAAACAAAAGAUAACGAUGUUAAUCAGAUAUUACAGCUUUAUUAUUCAGAUACAAUGUAAACAGAAUAAUAAUCAUUCACAUAAUGCAUCAAAACCAAAAUAAUAAUUAUGAUAAUUAUUGUACAUGUCGCUCUUCCUGAUUGGUCGACAGGGGAAUGUGUCCUGUGUGGCUAUUGGUGGCUGUGGCGGUGUUGGGCGUGGCCAGAGGAGCUGUCAGUCAGUGCUUUGAACAUCCCAGCUGUCAGGAGGUCGACUCUGAGAGGAGCAUGCUGGAGUGCAUCCAGCUCUGUCGCUCCGACCUCAAUGCCGAGAUGCCCGCUAUCCCGGGCGAUGCCCACCUCCAACCUGUACCUCCACCAGAGCCUGAUUAUCUGCCUCCCCUCUCUCUUUUGUCCUCCUCCUCCUCGUCUCCUCAAGCCAAGCGCUCCUACUCCAUGGAGCACUUCCGCUGGGGGAAGCCUGUCGGGCGGAAGCGCCGCCCGGUCAAAGUCUACACCUCCAACGGCGUGGAGGAGGAGUCGGCCGAGGUGUUUCCCGGAGAGAUGAGGAGGCGGGAGCUCGCCAGCAACAUCAUAGCGUCAGAGAGCGAGGAGAUGGCGCAGGAGAUGGCGCAGGAGGAGGCAGAGGAGGAGCGGGAGCAUCUGCCGGGCGACGUCCACGAGAAGAAGGACGGCACGUACAAGAUGAAGCACUUUCGCUGGAGCGGGCCGCCGGCCAGCAAACGCUACGGCGGCUUCAUGAAGAGCUGGGACGAGCGGAGCCAGAGGCCGCUGCUCACGCUCUUCAAGAACGUCAUCAACAAAGAUGGACAGGAGCAGAAGAGAGAGCAGUGAGGGACGAGGAGAGAGAGAGAGAGAGGGAAGAGGGAAGACAGAGAGAAGAUGAACGAUUGGCCUCUAAAGUGAAAACAGCAGACGUUCUUCCUAAAAACCACCCAUGAGAAUUUUCUGAUCUGACCCAGCCUCCUGGAAAUUACAUUUAUAUACAAAUAAUGAAUUAAUAAUGAGUAAUUACUCGUUUGUUUUCCCGUGUUUGUUCUGAUGAGAACCGUUCUGUUCACACUAAAUGUUUUAUGAUUGUUUCAAACUGUCGAUCAUGGUCUAAAUGAACGGCUUAAAUGUGGUGAUGUAAAACAGUGAAUACUUGCAACUGAUGCUGAAUUUAGCUCAGACUUUUGUGUAUUUCUGCUUGGAAAAUGACUCAAACGAUGAGAAUUUCUCUUGAUUAAUCGACUAAUUGGUAUAAAUGCAACUUCUACAGGGCGACAUUGUUUGUCAGUGUCCUCCAAAUAACCACCUCGAGGCUUGACUGGGUUCAGGAAACUAAAAACUACUUACAGG